AUGGAGGAAUGCGCCAAAGGUCGGUCCUAUCCCCCUGCGGAAGCGCAAAUGGCCUUCUCACUGGUUGCCAUCCAUACGACAUCAGACAUGCUCACGCAGGUCUUCCUCGACCUUUGUGCUCAUGAAGAUGUUAUCCAAGCGCUUCGCGAGGAAAUUGUGGCGGUCAUCCAGGACGAAGGAUGGAAGAAGACCGCCUUAUAUAAGCUCAAACUUAUGGACAGUGUGCUGAAGGAAAGUCAAGGCUUGAAGCCGAUCAAAAUCGGGGAGGAAUUCUAUCCCCUCUUCAAUGAGACGUCUCGCGCUCGAGGAUGUCAAAUUGUCCGAUGGCACACUCAUUCCAAGGGCUCCUCCAUUCUCGUCUCUAGCCACAAAAUGUGGGAUCCAGCCGUUUACCCAAACCCGGAGACCUUCGAUCCCUAUCGAUUUUUGAGACUACGCGAGACUCCCGGCCAUGAGACUUCGGCUCAGCUAGUGUCGCCGUCUCCAGAGUAUCUCGGAUUGGCUAUGGGAAGCACGCUUGUCCAGGACGGUUCUUCGCUGUCAACGGGGUCAAGAUCGCCUUGUGCCAUAUUCUAUUAA